AUGCGUCUUCUCGUUCUUUCUUCCGCUAGCCUCUUCUUGUUCGGCGCAGCAUCUGCGUACAGCUACCCAAGCAAUUCAUGCGAAGACUUGGCUCUGGUACUGCCCAACCGCACAUUCUUCCCCGCAGCAUCAACCUACAACGCAUCAAUCCAAUCAUAUCCAUUCCUUCAGCUUCGUCUACGACCAUCGUGCAUCGUCCGCCCGACAUCCACAGAAGAUGUAUCAACUGCCAUCAAGAUUCUGCGAUUGAGUAACGGCACCAAGUUUGCGAUCAAGGGAGGUGGUCAUAACGCGAACGCCGGCUUGAACAAUAUCGAUCAGGGCGUCACAAUCGACAUGCAGAGCAUGAACAAGGUCGGUGUCGAGAGAGGAGAUCGAGUUGUGAGAGUUGAGGCAGGGGCGCUAUGGCAGGACGUGUACGACGAGGCUGAGAAGCGGAAUCUGACGGUUCUUGGGGGUCGCAUUGGCGUCGUGGGAACUGCUGGCUUUCUGACUGGAGGGGGUAUAUCUUUCUUUAGUCCAGAGCGUGGAUGGGCAUGUGACGGCAUCGUCAACUUCGAGGUCGUACUCGCAAGCGGGGAGGUUGUCAACGCGAAUGCGACAUCGCAUUCUAAUCUCUUCGCGGCGCUCAAAGGAGGGCAGCUCAACUUCGGUAUAGUCUCGCGCUUUGACUUGGCAUCCUUCCCUGCUGGUCCUAUCUACGGCGGAAGAAUCGUCUUCGGGCCCAAUGCCACCACGCCUUUACUUUCCGCGUUUACCGAAUUCAAGCUCGGGCAGUAUGAUCCAUAUGCAGCGGGCUGGGUCACUGUGCGCUAUAACCAUACAGCAGCGACCUUCACCCCAGUGAGCAUCAUGUGGUACACACGGCCAGCGCAGAAGCCCGGAGCAUUGGAGUCAAUUACUGAGAUACAACCGCAAAUCCUGAAUGGCAUGGUUGAAGCUCCCAUUAGUGAGCAUACCAGGAAUGCGUCGAGACAAGUGGCUGCAAACCCUCAGCGCACCAUCUGGGCAACAACCUCGUUCGCCGUCUCACCGACAAUCAUUCAUCGCAUCCAUACCUUGUGGAAGAAGGUCGUACCUGAUAUUGCAGCACAGUACGCGUACGCCAAGCCAGUAGCAGAGAUCACAUUCCAAGCUCUUCCUGCACCACCUCGCAAUGGCACACCGCCCAAUAGCUUAGGCUUUCAACCAGAUGAGACGCCAGAGAAGGAUCUGGUAUUCCUGCAGAUAAUCUUCACAUUUGAAGAUGCUGCCGCUGCCGAUGGAUUCGAGGAGGCUCUGAAGGACUUGGUGAAGCUAGUGGAAGGGCUGACGAAAGGAGAAGGUGUCUUCCACCAAUACAAGUAUCUCAACUUCGCAGCAUCAUUUCAGGAUCCGCUGGGAAGCUAUGGCGGAGUUGAGUUGGAGAAGAUGAAGAAAGCGGCGAGGAGAUACGACCCAACGGGUGUUUUUCAGACGCAGGUGCCGGGAGGGUUCAAGCUGUUCUGAUACAUAUGGGCGCGAAUGUGAGGAGAGGUAACGGUGCGUGCAGGCAUCGCGUGAGCGCGUCGGUGGCCUCAGUGGAAGCGGGGUGGCUGAGAAGCCGGUGACAACGUCCAAGCCAAAGCUGGCUAGUGCAGGGGUUAGCUUCAUCAAACCUACUGGCAACCACGACCGCUUUAAUUCCAUUAGAAGCUAACAUCCAAUAUAUCGAAUGCAUCGCCCGUUGAUAUGAAGUCUACGUGAUGCAUCAAAAUUAUUAGACAUGGGAGUGCCAAAGAAUACGGACGUCAAGGCGUUCCGCUGAGCCACGCGCGAUGCUAGCGGUUCAGAAUAUAUGAGCAGUUAUGCAUAGCCAU